UGCCAAGCCAAGCCAAGCCAAGCCCCUUUGAACCUGCCUCCCUCUCUCCCUCUCUCUCUCUCCGGUAGCUCGUAUACCAUUGUGCUUCUGCACCAGCUCGGUAGCUCUACUCUGGAGCACCGGUCUACCACUCACCUCUCUUCACCGGCCGGCCAGGGCAACAGCUAGAGGAGGUAUGCAUGCAUGCAUGCAUGGACACAUUUACGCUGAUGCUUGUUCAUCAUCAUGUACUAAUCAGUAGGGAGACAUGGUGACCAAGCGCCUCCAGGAAAGCGGCUCGCCGAAGCAAGCUCGUCCUGUCGCCACCGACAGCGCCAACGGCCCGCUGAUGCUGCUCCGUCUGCGGGAGCACUGCUGCCGCGAGCACCACCCGGCUGCCUCGCCCGCUGGCCCGCUGGCGCUCACGCUCGGCGCCCCGGCGGCGACUGCCGACGACGUCUGCCGCCGGUGUUGCUGCGCGCGCGACGAGGACGCGGACGCGCCGGCUCUGGCGCCUGGGGUUAUGCCGUCCGUGGACUCGGUGCUGCGUGGCUCCCGGUACCUGAGGCCCGUGCAGGAGCUGCUGCGCGACGCGGUCUCCGCCGUCGUCGGCGGGGACGACGACGACGAGAGCGCUGGGGGAGGCAGCGAAGACGAGGCGGCCGGCGAACAGGCUCUCCGAGAGAUCCGUCUGCGGGCGGCAGCGACGCGCCGCCGCGGGAUCCAAGCCAGGAGCGACGGCGGCGCCGGCGCGGUGCAUGCCAAGCUCCUCGGCCUUCUCAGCGAGCUGGAGGGCCGGCAGGAGCACUACUUCCAGGAGCUGAGCCGCGUGGCCUCGUCCUUCGAGCCGGCGCUGGGGCCCGCCGCGACGGCCGGGUACACGUCGCUCAUGUCGCGGGCCAUGACGCGCCACUUCGGGAACCUGCGCCGCGCCAUCCUCCGCAAGCUCGCCGCCGUCAUCACAAGGCCGGCGCCGGCGCCGAGGGCGACGCUGUGGGCGAACGAUGACAGCGAGGAGGAGGAGGAGGACGAAGACGACGACGAGUACGACCCCGCGCAGACGGAGGACGUGGUGAGCCGGCUGGUCCGGCGGACGAAGCAGGCCGCGGCGGCGCGGGCGGCGGAGCAGGUGUGCAAGCCGCUGAGGGGCCUGCCGGAGGGGUCGGUGGCCGUGCUCCGGGCCUGGCUCUUCAACCAUUUCCUAGAUCCCAGGUACCCCAGCGACAGCGAGAAGCUGAGGCUGGCCGUGAGCACGGGGUUAACCAGAAGACAGAUAUCCAACUGGUUCAUCAACGCGCGGGUGCGGCUGUGGAAGCCCAUGGUCGAGGAGAUGUACGCCGACGAGUUCUCCGACGUCUCCUCCAGGGACGACGACGCGGCGCCCUCUCAAUGAGCUGAGCACACCUCCUUCCUUGGGACGGACGCAAGAUUCAGUUUUCCUUGGCCGGAGAUGGGUCGAUCUUCCGUCAACUUAACCCGAAUUUUUCCUUUUUGAUGUGAUCUUUCUUCGGUCAGUUCCAUGUGUUUUUUGGUCUAGUAGCGAUUCAUGGGACUGUUCAUCGUGUUGCUGUUUGUAGUUGGGUAGUGAAGCUCUUUUUGCCAGAGCUUGAGUGAGUGACAGCCAGGCUAUCGCCACGGCGCCCUACUUGAUGAUGAAAUCCAUCUUUACCCUGGAGAUUC